AUGCCUAACUCUCAGGAGCAGAGCCUUGAUGAGAAUGUGUUGUUCAUGACGGUGCCUGAGUCGAGCCCGGAGUUCUGCCACUGUGAGAGGGAGCGCCACGCUCUGGAGUGUCUGCUGAGUGAUGGACCUGGGGCCUUCUACACCAGGCUGAACACCGAACGUCUGGGUCCGUUCCUUUCACCAGAGGAGGUAAAUCAGAUCAACAGCUGGGUGGAAGAUUAUCACUGCAGCGAGCUGUCGCUAAAUGAUGAGGACGUGUAUGAGGAAAGCGGUUCUGGCGUGCAGAACUUCUCGGACCAUUAUUUCCCCAUGCACUCCGAUACUCCGGCUCCUGUUCUGGAACUGGGCUGGCCUGAGAGGAAAGUUUGGGGGGGGCUAGGUCAUGCCACUGUUUACACUAAUCCACCCAUGGAACCCACACCACCCAUACGGCAGGUCAUCAGGAGCCUUCUACAGGGGGCUUCCAAGGUCAUUGCCGUGGUUACGGACAGGUUGACUGACAGCGCUGUGAUAGGGGAUCUGCAUUCUGCAGCCUCACGAGGUGUUCCUGUGUACAUCAUCCUGAACCGAAGAUCAGUACAAGAGAAUUUCACUGUUCAUAAAUUCAGACACCCAAACAUAAAGGUCCGCAUGCUGGGUGGGAAGACAUUCUGCUCUCGAAAUGGGAAGAUGGUGGUGGGAGAACUGAAAGACAAUUUUGUGAUGAUAGACCUGGAGACAGUGAUGGUGGGGAGUUACAGUCUCACAUGGAGUGACGCCCAUUUACAUCGGCAGCUUGUCACAGUUAUGAGCGGUCCAGCCGUGGAAUCUUUCGAUCGGGAAUUUCGAGUUCUCUAUGCUGCGUCCCUACCCAUCUCUGACAUGAGGAGGCCGGGGAAUCCUGCGAUGAAAUCAGAAAGCACACAUCCCCUGCACCAGUCUGAACCUUUGAACCUGAAUACCUUUAAACCAGUUUUGAUGGAGACUGUUUCCAGUCCACCACCUCCAAUCACUGAUAGCCCUUUGGACUGGGAAGCUCUAGGGGUCAUUAAGAGGAAUGACCAAGGUCAAGAAAACCCUGUCAGUCAACCUGGACUGUGGGAGGAGCCCUCCCAGUGCCAGGAGCCCAUUCCAGGCAGACAGAAAGCAAAACCCCUCAUUUUGAGUGUACCCCAGACGGAGACCUGCAGCAGCCUGAGUGACAUUAUGAGAAGGAUAAAUCCUCGUCAGAGUUCCUCAGGCCUCACAAAAAGACCAGCAAAAACCACAGUGACCAGAUUCAGCCAGUCCAUGUUGGACCUCAGCUCAGACUACACAGACAUGACACCAAGAUCACAACACAGCACCUAUGACUCCCUGCCCCUGACCCCAGCCCUGGCUCUGAUGAAAAAGCGUAAUGAUGACAUCAAAUCUGCUCUCCAGAGACCCCCUAAAGUUUUUUUACCCCCCACACGACCACGCAGUUCCAGUUUUGGCCUGCAGAGGGAGUGGAGAACUCCUUUGAGACAACAAAGGAGUGAAGAGGACAAGUGA